AAGAGCAAGAGACUUUGCUGGGGUUCAAUUCUGAGUUGUUACGCCUUGUGCAAAGUGAACAAUUUCUCGAGCCUGCCAGCUAAGCUAUACCCUUUAAUUUCACUUCAUCAUCAGUUUCUUAACUCCCUUGUCUUGGGAUCUUCUUGUUCAAAAACCAAGUAUGGAGUAUAGGGAUCUCCACUUCCAGCAUCAGCUCCAAGAAGAAUAUGCUCGCUACUAUAAGCCUUCCUUUACUUAUGAUGAAGAAGCAUGGAACUCGAGCAAUUUGUGCAAUAGUUAUGGCAGUACGUUUACUGAAAGCAGUCAAAGCACUGAAAUAAAUUUAAGAGAUAAAGAGAAGAGAGAAUAUGAUUUGGAUCCUCAACGUUCAUCAGGUGAUGAUAUGCUUACGAAAGACGAGGUUUCUGAUCAUUAUUUACCCAGACUGAGUGAAAGGAUUAGCAGCCGCCUGUCUGGUUCUUCUGUGGAUGACUCGCUAGUCUCAUCAACCAGUGAACAUUAUCUUCAUCAUGUGACCGGGAAAGAGACUUGGCCCGCGGGGAUAUCCCUGACCAAUAAGACGACGUCGUACAACACCUUGGGUGCUGCAUCUUCAUCGUCCAGCUCCGAUUUAUCAACCCUAGAGAUGCCUCCUUCUUUAUUACUGUCAUGCUCUCUUGGCUUAGGUUCACAAAUGUUGCUGGGCGGGAGUUCUUGCGGUGGCCUUCAUCUUUCCUACGAUUCUUUUGGUCUUGAUGACAUGCAACAGCCAGAAAAUAGUCCAUCGGACAGCUCAAAUAAAAUUUCAGGAUUCAUAAGUGGAAGUGGAGUUGAACAGGCAAGAACCAUUCGCGGUUGGCCUGAACAGAAGGAAUAUGAAGGCAGAGCAAAGAAGUCAAGAUCUUCAUGCCCUGCUCUGAAGGUCAGAAAGGAAAAGCUGGGAGACAGGAUUCAGACCCUUCAGAGGUUCGUGGCACCUUUUGGGAAGGUACGCCGUCCGUAUGUCUUCACUGGACGGACCAAUACUGCCUCCGUGUUGAAUGAAACUAUAGGCUACAUCCACUUCCUUCAUGACCAAAUUCAGACUUUAAGCAUCCCUUAUAUGAAACCGUGGAAAACCAAGCCCUUCGGAACGGUGCAGUUGGAUUCUAGAGAAGAAAAUGGCAGAGAAUCGAAGCCAGACCUUAGAAGCAAAGGCCUCUGCCUUGUGCCCCUUUCUUGCGCUUCAUAUAUUCAUAAUUUGGACUAGGUAUUGAUUCAUUUCCUGUGCAUAUAUCAAUAAGCAGAUUUGCUUUCUUCACCACCAUUUGCUUUGCUAUCAGUGUUUGACGCAUCCCUUGGCCUUGUUUCAUGCCAAUCUUCGGAUAUGGAGUUAAUUUAUAGAUUCGAA